GAUAUUUAACCUGGGCCGGGGCGGGGAGCGGCAGCGCCGAGCGAGGCACGGACGGACCGAGCCCCAGCCCCGAAGCCAGCCCCAGUCCCGGCCCAGCCGUGUCCCGGCCCGGUCCCGCCAUGAGAGCCCCGGCGCCGGUUGCGCUGGGUUGCAUCAGCCUGGUGCUGUGUCUGCUGGAGCUGCCCGCCUGCCUGCCCCUGCCCGACGGCCGCUCGCCCAAGCGCAGGGAGCCCCCAGACCGGAGACCCUCCCCAGCCUCACUCCUUGGGGACCACCCAGGACCGCAGCCCCCGGCCCUGCCGCAGCCUGCUGGUGGCCCUCGGCAGAGACCACUCAUCCCACGGCAUGGCCCCAAGCUCAUGCCACGCCAUGGGACCCCGGCUCUCCCCCGACACGGUGCCCGCCUGGCCCCCCGGCACAGACUGCUUAUCCCACGGCAGCACCCAAAGCUCAUCCCCCGGCACGGAGCCUGCCUGUCCCCCCGGCAUGGCCAUCGUCCUGUCCUGCGGCACAGCCCACGGCACGGCCCCCAGCACCCACGGGGCCGCCGGCACGCCUCGGGGCGGCUGCAGCACGCACAGCUGCUGCGGGUGGGCUGUGUGCUGGGCACCUGCCAGGUGCAGAACCUGAGCCACCGCCUCUGGCAGCUGAUGGGCCAGUCGGGCCGCCAAGACUCGUCCCCCAUGAACCCCAACAGCCCCCACAGCUAUGGGUGAGGAGGGGGGGCAUCACCACACCGGAUCGCCUUGCCCUGUGUCCCCAGCUCUGCCCCGCGGGACCCCCCACUAAAGCGCUUCCAGAGUCAGAUGUGGUUGGGCUCCCUCUGCACCUUUUGGGGGUGACUGGUGCUCCCCAGGCAGAGCCCAGCUCUGGCCACAGCUCCACCAUGGACACGGAGCCCAUGGGAGCAUCCCUGUGGAGGGGCUCCCACCCUAUCGCCAGCUGGAACCCCAUGGAGAGCAGAGAGGACUGUGAGCCGGUGGCCCAUGGUGGCCCAUCUGGCCAGGUCUGGUGACAGUGGGUCCAAGGGGCAGCCGGGGAUCCUGCUGACCGCAGCAGCGCCAGCACCUUGUGCAAGAGCACAGGGCCAAGCCCCUGGCCAUGCUCCAGCCUGACUCAGCAGCUCAGCACCAUGGGUGGGGCAAGCUGUACCGCGGCACCCCACAGCACCCCCUCGUUCCCACCUGAGACCCCUCCUGUGCCUGCCCAGGGUGGCACAGCUGUGUGGGUGGGGGUCUUGCUCCAGCCCAGCUUCCCCGAGCCAGGGUAGGGGCGUGGGGCAGUCCCCAGCACCAUUCCCCCUCAUGGGUCCCUGACUGGGGCUCAGCAACUCGGGGGGUCCCUUCCCAGGCCAGAGGCUGGAGAGGUCCCAUCCUCCUCAGAGAGGAUGCUGUCCCCUUCCCCUGGCACCCUGUCCUGUUCCCCCGAGACACUGCCCACAGCCUUGUGAUGAGAUGGGGACUGAGUGCUGGGGGAUGGUGAGCUGGGCACAUUGGGGGCAGAGGAAAAGCCAAGGUCCCCCUCCUGCCCUGUCCCUGCCUCUGUCCCCUCCAGUCCCCUGGUGCAGGCUCACCUGUGGUGUGGGCAGACUGGCAACAGCCCCUGGCCCCGCUGGUGACAAGCUGUGCCCCUGCAGUCUUAGGGACUAGCCUGGGGUGGUGGCCCACAGGCACAAGGGGGACGCAGGUAUCCCUGUCACCUCAUACCUUGAUGUGUCACCCUGGUGGAGCUGUCGCCCCCCUGUUCCCCCCCAUCCUGGGCUGCACCUUGGCUCUGGCGCAGGGAUGGUCAGCUGAGGGGGCACGGCAUGGAUCCAGCCCUCCAUGAGGAGGGCAGGAAGCCUGAACCCCCCAGCCCCCUUGUGCCCCUCCUGAGCACCCUCCUUCAUCAGCCCCUCUGGAGCACCCCUGUCCCCAGGAGCCCUCCAGAACACCCCCAGCCUCAGAAAGACCCCACCGCAGGAGCACCCCUGUUCCCCCAGGGACAGCCCCCCCCCCCCCCCCCCCCCCCCCGAACACCCCACCCCAGAAGCACCCAGCCCACAGCAGCACUGGGUAAGCAUGAGGGGGAGCACCCAGGGGCGCUGCUCCUGGACCCUCUCCCCCUUCCCCAGGGUCCCAGCCCUUGCUCCAGCCAGCUGACAGGGCAGGAGGGGACUGGGACAGGGAGUCUUGUGGCCAUUGUGGUGGGUUCCUGGGUCGGGGCUCCCCUCUCAGGUGCAGGAAGGGGCCACUCCCAGCACUCCAGUGCUCCUGGAGCACCCCCUGCCUGCAGCCCCCAUGUCUGGUGCUGCCCAUUUGGCAAAGGGCUAGGGGACCUGGCACUGUGCCACGGGGACAGGAGGCAGCAGCACAGUGCCAUGCUUCCAAGGGGUGCAUGGGGACCUGAGGCCUUUACCCCCCCCUUCCCUUGGGUGCCCCCCAGGCUGCAGAGGGGCUGUGCUAAGCCUCUUGGGUGCCCGGGCCUGAUCCUGCCCUGCAGCAGCACCAGAGCACAGAGCACUCACCUGCUCUUUUCAACCAAAAACCUGUUUUUGUGCAGAAUAAAGUGUGUGAGGAGGG